ACACUUUCCUCGCACAGGAGAAUACUUUUGCCACUGAAGACACCGAACAGGAAUUGCCGCCGUCAACGGACCUAAAUAUUUAGCCAAGGUAUCAUAUUAUUUCCGUGUGUAUGAGGUGAUUGCUGAACAUGGCCGACGCGAGCUGUCCCCAGUGUUUUCACUAUAAACAUCUGAAAGAACUGUCCGCCAAAGUUGUGAUCCAGUAUGAUGAACUGUAUAAGAAACUCAAAGAAACAGAGGAACAGUGCAAAACUGUCACCUCUCGACUGAAAGAGCGGGAACAACAGAUGGGACAAAUGAAGAAAUUGAUUGAGCCUGCUAUCCAGGAAUAUGAAAAGAUGAAGAUAAAGUUUGAAAUAGAAAUGAAGUGCAGAAUGAAGGCUGAAAACUUUGCAACCCAGAUUAACACUCAGAAUAAAGAGCUGAAACGGCAGUCCAACAUGAUUCUGUCGAUGACCAAAAUGGACAUUCGUGACCUGAAGCUUGAUGAUGUGGAUACGAAAUCUGAUGCUGAUUCUUAUAAGAAUUAUACAGCAGAACUGAACCAGACAAUUAAAGAACUUGAGGAGAAAGUUGCCAAAUUGACCUCUGACCUGCAGGAGCAAAUGCAGACCAAUGUGUUAGAAGCCGAAAAAUAUCAAAAACUGAGUGAAAGGCAUGACAAUGGCAUGAAGAGACUGAAAGAAAACCAGAAUAUGCUCACCAAGUACCAAGAGGCCAUGUUGGAACUCUCCACAGUAUCUGAGGAGGCCUGCCAGGAAUAUGCAGCACUUCAAGUCAAAUAUGAUAUGGAACAUGAAAAGGCAUCAAAGAUGCAGGUUGACAAUGUUAUGAUGAAGAAACAAAGCACCAUGCUGUUGAGCAAUGCUAUGGGUGACCAGAAACUGAUGGAUGCUGCUAUGCAGAUUGAGAGUCUGACAAACGAAUUUAAGGAAGAGAAGGAGCAGUAUCUAGCAGAGAUAAAGGAACUGAAGGAGGCAGCAAACGAGAAUGAUGGUGAUGAUGAAAAACAAAAACUGUUGGAGGAAAAUAAAGACCUGAUGAAAAAAUUGGAGGACUAUGAGAAACAGUACAAAAAGUUAGAAGAUGAGUAUGAAGAUCUUGAAAAGGAACUGGAUCUAGCAAAACAUCCUCCUCCCCCACCGCCUCCCCCUCCACCACCACCACCAUCUUUGGAUAAAGGAAAAGGAUUUUUAAGCAAGAUCGUACGGAAGAAGAGCAUGAAGAGGAAAGAAGUGUUGAAGUCAGCCGCAGGUGCUGGUGACCAGAAUUAUGGUAAAGCACUCGAGGAAAUGAUGAAGAGGAUCCAAUCAGGCAAAACGCUCACAAAAGUCUUAAAGCCUGUGGGAGGUAGAAAGAUUCCAGAGGAAGAGGAAGAUGAAGAUGAGCCUCACUCUGAGAAAGUUGAGCCUCAAUCUGACAAAGUUGAGCCUCAAUCUGACAAAGUUGAGCCUCGCUCUCACAUUGAUCAUCCCAAAAUAGUGCCCUCGUUUGAGAGUGAGGAGAAACCAGAAGCCAUGGUCCAACUUCAUUCCAUUCUGAAUCGCUUCAAGAGGACAGAGAAUGAGAAUGAAAUCUCUGACCAGGUAUUCAAUGACUCAGAUUCUGACCUUGGCAAGGCAUUCCGCAAGGUCAAACGGUCAGCAUCUGAAGAGACAGACAGUGUUGAUUUGAUGGACAGAGUAAAAAAGGAGCAGAAGCAGUCAGAGCCAGUGGUAUUUACCAAGGUCCCUCUACGUAACAUCAAACAGAUGUCUACAGUGGAGGAGGAACAGAACUCAGGACUUGAAAAAGAGAAUGCUGAUGUAGAAGACACAGUAUUCUAGUUCAAGGAUCCAGGGCGGAUUUUAGAAAAAAAUCAGAAGGCCUUUUUCUGCUGAUUUUGAUAUCAAAGAACUGCUUGUAUUAAAGAUUACUCUCUUUAAUUAACAUAAUAUUGUCUUCAAGAACAUAAUAUCUUAUUAAUUCUGUUAAAAGACCUGCCAACUGUA